AUAAAAAGGGAAACGAUUCGAAAACAGGCUGUACUAUCGCAUUUGCUUCAUCGUCACGGGACAAUAGUUCUUAAUUAUAUUCAAGUCAAUAACUUGUAAUUUAAUUGAACGUUGAUCAUGUUGUGCCGACCAUUAGCGCUUCUUGUUCUUGCAACAUUUGCGUCGGCGGGGCCAGUUCCAGAUAUUGGCUUACAAUUGGGCCUAACAAUUCCGGACAACGAAUCAGGAGCCAAGGUAGCGCAAUGGACUGAAGAAAUGAACGUGAACCCCGAGGAAUUGGGUAACUACUUGGAGGGUGACAUCAUGGUGACAGAAAGCACCACACGAAACGGUGCGAAAGACCCAAAACUUCGUUGGCCCAAUGGCGUUAUUCCUUACGUAAUCAAGGGUAACUUCAAUAGCGCGCAAUUGAAUCUCAUAAGUGAAGCAAUGAAAGAUUACGAGAAGCAUACAUGCAUCCGUCUUAAACCAAGAACGAACGAAAAGGAUUAUGUUAAAAUCGUUAGCGGUAAUACUGGAUGCUGGAGCCACAUUGGCAAGAUUGGCGGCGAGCAAGAAAUUAACUUGCAGAUUCCAGGUUGUGUAACGAAGAAGGGCACCGUAAUACAUGAGAUCAUGCACGCUGCUGGUUUCUGGCACGAGCACACCAGGCCCGAUCGUGAUACUUACGUGACUAUCAAUUUUGACAAUAUUGUGCAAAGAUCCGCGCAUAAUUUUGUUAAGCUUUCCCCGGAUAUCGUCGAAGACUCCGGUAUCCCUUACGAUUAUGGCAGCGUGUUGCACUAUUCAGCGUACGCAUUUGCUGUGGACCGCAAAGUAAAAACUAUCGUGCCAAAAGAUUCUCAAGCAGUAAUCGGUCAGAGAGUGGGUUUUAGUAAGUCGGAUUACCAAAAGAUCAAUAAAAUGUAUAAGUGUAAUGUAGAAUAAUUGGGUAAAGCAUAAUCAACAUGGACGUUAGAAAUUAGUAGUUAUGAAUGGAUAUGAUGUUGAUCAUAUUUUUGUAUAUUAACAAAAAAUUUAUAUUAGAACCAUUUAAUAAAAAUCUAUCAUUAAAUGAAAAGAAGAAGUACUGUGUAUAAAUAUAAGCCAUUUAGAGU